AUGCAACUUGUUUUUCAUAUUGACCCAGCAGAACUUGGUCCCAGCUCUAAUCCAGUAAUGAAAUGGAGCAGAGACUCGAAAUAUCUUGCUUGUUUUGGAAAUAACGGCAAUGUUUUCGUUUUUGAUCGAAAUGGAAAGAAAAUAAUGUCGGUACCAAUUCCAAAUCCCAAAUUUUUAGAAUGGGACUCACAAUCUAAAAAUUUGGUAGUUUCAAGCUCAGAAAAUACGGAAAUAUGUAUAAUUAACGUACAAUCAGUCGAAAUUAGUCAAGUAGAAGCUCCAUUUAUACCAACAUGGUUACAAUGCUCUAAGAGAAAUUCUUUUCUUGCAGUUGGAUCUGACAAAGGCAAGUUUUGGAUUUGUGAUUUGAAUAGUCAUCAAUCACAGAACUAUCAAGGUACACACGAUAAUGCCAUUGUUGAUGGUGCAUGGAAUUCGAAAUCCCACUUAGCACUUUGUUCAUUAGAUCAAUCAAUUUCAGUUUCAGACGUUAAAGGAAAAGUUAUUGCACGUCAAGAUAUCGGUGAUACACCUAUAUUCCCACAAUUUAUUACAGUUGAUAGUACUCUUACACUCGUUUUUGCAAGUGCAAACUCUCCAACACUUUAUUUCUGGGAAUAUGUUAAUGGAACAGCUCCACAAAAGCUUAAAUUCGAGCAAAGUUUGGGUAAAAUCAUCAAAUGCAUUACAUUAACUAACUCUCUUGUUUAUGUUCAAUUUAGUUAUGGAAAAUUCUACCUUGUCAACUUUGAUUCAGAAAUAGUUGUUCAGCGUCAUGCAUUUCCAUCAUCAGUAUCAUCAUCAGACUCGAUUCAUACUAAAGCUCUCGUUGGAUCUGGACCUUCUGUAAAAUUAAUUAAUUUAGAUGAUCCAAAGAAUAUUAUUGAUGAGCAAAUUCACUUCCCUAAUGAUGUUACUGGUGAUGUAACCUCAAUUUGCCUUUCUUCUGAUGGUUCUCUCGGCUCAGUCGCAACAGAUGACGGAGUUAUCAUGAUAUACUUGGUGGAAGUUCCAAUAUUAAGUGCUUCCAAUGGAACUAUUUGCGUUUACAGCCAAUCUUUGACUUCUCUCGCGGUUUAUGACAUGCAUAAGAAAACUACUAAGCAAAUUAAUGUAGAUUACCAACCACAGAAGCUUGGAAUUUGUCCAAAAAUUGCUGCAGCUGCUUUUAACAAUAAAUGCUUCUUCUAUGAUACAAAAUCCUGCGAAUUAAUUUCGCAAACUGAACUUUCAACGACGAUUGAUUCAAUUCAAGUUAGCGAAACAGCUUAUGCAGUUAUGAUGAAUGGAAAGUUCAUGCUAAAUUACUUUGAUCAGUCAAAGAGACCAUUUACAUUUCCAGAUUUCGAUACAAACGCAAGAGUUACAGCUUUUUGUUUAACAGCUCCAUUACUUUUAUUAGCAACUGAUGAUGGAACAGUCAGAAUCUUCAAUGUCCGAAAUCAGGCAUUUCUUGAUGGCUACAAACAUCCAAAUCCGAUAAUUUCAAUACGAGCAAAUGGAAGCGAAACAAGAUUUAUUUUCAUUGACUCUGCUCACGGCAUCUUUAUCUUCAAUCCAAUUAAAAGGACCACAUUAGAAGUGGCAACUUCAACAGACGGAAAGCAAAUUGAUGCUUCAACAGCUUUGUUUGAUAUGCUUGAUCGCUCCGUCUUUGCUGUUUUCGCUCCAAAGAUAAUUGCUGUUUAUCAUAUCACCGACCACAAUGUUUCUGGACCAGAACUUAAGCAACUUUGCACUGCAGAAAUAUCUAAUUUAAAGUCUCCUCUCGGCAUUUUCGACGGAACUUUAAUUUUCCUAGAUUCCCAAUCUACGGAGCAAACAUUUGUUAUGCCAAGUCAUAACAACAUUGGAAGAGAUACUCCAGAGAGCGUCAGACAAUUACUGACAAUCCACAGGCAUAGAAAAGCUCUCCAAGUUGCAUUGAAAAUUGGAGAUAAAAGUUUGAUCAAAGAAGUUGCAGAUUCCGCUUUAUCAUCCUUGGCAAUCGAGAUUGCAGCUGAUGCAUAUGCUUGCUGCGGUGAUGCAUGCAAUUACAGCAUCUUAAAUCCAAUCAAGAAAAAAGAAGAAUAUUCAUUUUUGAGAGGAUAUGUUUCGAUGCUAAACAAAGAUUUCAAUGGAGCUCAGAAGUCAUUUUUGGAAUCGAGCAGACCAGAAAUGGCUUUAGACAUGAGAUCUGCUCUAUUGCAAUUCGAUUCCGCUCUUCAACUCGCUGAGAAAUUCGAUCCAUCUCGAAUUCCUCAACUCAGUUACGAAAGUGGUCGCCAGAACGAAUUAACAGGCAAUUAUUCACAAGCCAUUCAGCAAUACAAAGCAGCAUUGACGACUCCUGAAUUGAAGAAAGAAAGUAGAUCAGGAAUUAUCAGAUGCAUGAUUUUGGCAGGAAAGGUUGAACAAGGAAUGAAACAACUUGAGAAAACUAAAGACACAAAUUUAGUUACAGAAUGCGCAAGAAUAUUAGAGAGAUUAUCAGCUUUCUCGCAAGCAGCGCAACUGUAUUCUCAAGUCAGCCAAUUCAACUUUGCCGCACAAUGUUAUGUUCGCGCGAAUGACUUGAAUUCUGCUGCAAAUUUAGUUCCAAAAGUCGAUGACUCGAAAGUUUUGGUUUCUAUUGGUAAACAAUUAGAAAGAGCUGGCCAAUUAGAAGCUGCAACAACAGCUUUCGAACGUGCUAAUGAUUGGGAAUCAUUAGUCAGAGUUCUCCUCAAAGUCAAUCUCGACAGAGCAACAGCAAUUGCUCGUGCACAUCCAACAGCAGAUGCUUGCAGAGCUGUUGCAGAACAUUGCAUACAACUCGGCAAUUUCAGAUACGCAAUAGAGUUCUUGAUCAUUGCAGGAAGAAACGAAGACGCAUUUAGAAUUGCGGAAUUGCACCAGAAGAUGGAUGAAUUGGCCGAUUUAAUUGGCGACAAUGGAACAAAGCAACAAUACGAUGCUUUGGCAACAUAUUUCUCUGCAAGAAAUGACAAUAUUUCUGCAGCGAAAUUCUAUGCAAAGAGCGGUGAUCCAGAACGCGCAAUGAACUGCUACAUGGCUGAUGGAAGCCCUGAAGCUUUGGAUGGUGCUUUGGAUCUCGCAGAAAAGGUCGAAAACAAGACAAUCAGAGAUAUGUUAUUGGACUAUUUGUCAGCGAAUGUUCAAUCGAAAGAUUUGAGAUAUCUCUUGAGAAUGUUUAUCAUCAUGAAACAGUUCAACGAAGCCGCUGUUACAGCCAUGAGAAUAGCUGAUGAUAAAAGAGAAAGAGGCGAAUACAGGCAGUCAAGAGAUAUCUUAUUUGAUAUCUAUUGCCAGCUUGAGAAACACAAUCAACAGAUUUCAAGUGAAAUGAAACAAAGUUUGAUGAUCAUUCACUCGUAUUUGUUGAUUAAACCAAUGAAAGAAUAUGAUAGAACUAUUGCUGCUUUCUUGCUUAGAAGAGUUUCCAAGUUUGCUUCUAAGUUCCCUCAACACGCUGCAAAUAUUUUGGCAUCAACAGUUGUAGAAUGUUCGCGUGCUGGAUACAAGAAAUCUGCAUACGAAGCUGCAACAAAAUUAAUUUCUCCUGAAUAUGAAGGAAAGAUUAAUCCAGAUUUGAUGAAGAAGAUUGUUCAAACAGUUAGACAUAAGAAUACAUCUGAAGAGGCUGAACCUACAACUCCAUGCCCUGUUUGCGGUGCUGAUAUUCCUAUCUCUGAAUUGUAUUGCGCUUCUUGUAAGACUAAUAUUCCUUACGAUGUAAUCACAGGUAUGCACAUGACAAAGAAUGACUGGUGCCAGUGUCCAAACUGUAAGUUCCCAUCUUCCCACAAGUUAAUGUGCGAAAUAAAGACUUGCCAGAUUUGUGGAACUCACGUAGAAACACCUGAACUAAUACAAAAUCCAAGAAUUGUAUAA